AUGCACUUCAACCAAAUCCUCCCCUGCAUCCUGGUCUCUGCCACUGCGGCGGUUGCCCAAUUGAUCCCCGUUGGGCCAAUUGCAACAGUCUACAGGGAACCAAACUUUCAGGGACGCCAUUUCAGCGUAGGCAAAGUCGGCGAAUGUGUACAGCUUCCUGACAACAUCGUCGGCAAGGUGAGCUCAGUGAAGCUGCAACAAUUCCCCGAACCCUUCUACGUAGCCUGCGCUCUCUACUCGUGA